CUUUACCCGCACAGAACUGAGACCUUCCAUAAACAAAUCAAUCCAAAACCCUAACUCGAUUAUCCACCGCGAAAUUCAACACAACGAUGUUGAGAUUGGCGUCAAAGAAAUUAUUAGGCCAGGUAUCACCGGCGCGGCCAGCGCAGAUCCUGCCACGUUUCUACCACGAGAACGUGAUAGACCACUUCAAUAACCCUAGAAAUGUCGGGUCGUUCGAUAAAAGCGAUCCGGCGGUGGGAACAGGGCUUGUCGGCGCACCUGCUUGUGGAGAUGUUAUGAAGCUGCAGAUUAGGGUUGAUGAGAAGACCGGUGAGAUUGUUGAUGCUAGGUUUAAGACCUUCGGUUGUGGCUCUGCUAUUGCGUCGUCUUCUGUCGCUACUGAAUGGGUGAAAGGGAAACAAAUGGAGGAAGUGCUUACCAUUAAAAACACGGAGAUCGCAAAGCAUCUUUCUCUCCCACCAGUGAAGCUACACUGCAGCAUGCUUGCUGAGGAUGCUAUCAAGGCAGCUGUAAAGGAUUACCAGACAAAACGCGAAAAAUUAAAUGGUAGCUCAGAUGCUACAUCUGCCGAACAAGCUGCUCAAGCUUGAAGUUGGUGUUCAUUAGCUUGCUCAAGCUUGGAGUCGGGUUCAUUAUGCAUAUGAUGAUGAAAAUGUUAAAAUUCAAUAGUUUAUGAUGUAUCUAAAAUAAUGGUUUCAUCUGAUCUUAAAUACCUUGUGAGGCUUGGGUGCAUAUCCUCAGCAUAAUGCUAUGGUGUUGUAUAUUAUGAAUUUAAUGUCAGUUUUGUUUUUUGUGAAUCAAAUUAAGAAUUUUGUGUCUCAA